AAUAUGACAAAUGUCGUCUUUGCGUCCAAAUGCCGUUUCGAGAAAGUGCUUUUGGUUAUAAUUGUAACUUUUGCAAAAUGUAGUUAUUUUUUUUCAUCGAAUAGUUAUUUUAUUUAUUUCACAUGUAUAAGUAACAUUCAAUCCGAUAUCGAUGUGCAAAUCAUCGAAAAUGGUGUCCGGUAGUACAAGGGUGAUACAAGUCACCAACAUCGCACCACAAGCGACAAAAGAUCAAAUGCAGACGCUUUUUGGCUACUUGGGUAAAAUUGAUGACAUUAGAUUAUAUCCGACGAUUAGAGACGUGUCGUGCCCGGUACAGUCGCGGAUAUGUUACGUGAAAUACUACGAUUCUGCGACAGUGAAUGUGGCGCAGCAUAUGACCAACACGGUGUUCAUAGACCGGGCGUUGAUCGUGAUCCCGGUGCAGUCGGGUGAGAUACCGGAUGAGCACAGAGCGCUAGAGAUGUCUAGCAAUGGGACGCUGGUCCCUGGUUUGAGCACGGUAGAGCCGCGUUUACCGGCACAUGUCAUAAACACUCUAGACGGUGUCCCGCCAAAUCAAGUAAUCCAGUCUCAUGACCCUAAAAUGGCGGCAGCCGGCGUGCCCGGUUACCCUCCCGUGCCAGCGGCAUAUGACUCCAGGAAAAUAGAAGAGAUCAGAAGAACACUUUUGAUUGCUGAUGUGGGGUCCCUAACGUCUCAACAACUUAUAGACCACUUCUGCCAAGCUGGGGAGGUUAAGUAUUUACGAUUCUGUAACCGAGAAGUGGAUACAUAUAAAUAUGCUCUAAUUGAAAUGUCUGAACAAGAGAGCCUGGUGAAAGCACUGCAGUUGAAUGGUUCCGUUAUUGAUGGACAAAUCAUUAAGGUGCUUCAUGCCACUCAAGCUAUUUGCAAGCCACAGACCAAAAGCAAUGAGGCAGCACAGCGAGAAAUAGAAGAGGCCAUGUGCCGAGUGAAGGAAGCCCAGAAUCUUAUUUCUGCAGCUAUUGAUCCAGUUAUUGGAUUACUUUCAAAGGACAAGAGGAGGACUCGGUCCCGAUCGCGUUCGCGCCGCCGCUCUCGCUCUCGGUCGCGGCGCUCGCGCUCUCGUCACAGGAGCAAGCGGUCCCGUUCCCGCUCCAGGCACCGCUCCCGACGUUCCCGCUCGCGGCACAGGCAUCGCACUAGGUCGCGGUCUCGACAUCGCAGCACACGUCGUUCACGCUCCCGGUCGCGCCAUCGGAGUUCGCGUUCUAAACGCGACCGUUCCCGAGACAAAGACCGCGAUAAGGAGCGCGACAAGGAUCGUGAUAAAGACAAGGAUCGCGAGAAAGACCGUGAUAAGGAUAAAGACCGGGAUCGUGAUCGCAAGGAGAAGAGCUCUAAAGACAAGGAUAAGGAUAAAAAAGAAAAGUCCAAAAGUCCACCCAAAGAGAUUGAGAAGAAUGAUAAAGAAGAAACUAAAGUAGAUAACGUUGAAUCAAACGGUACCGGCUCUGAAGAAAAGUCUAAAGCCUCGACCCCAGUGGACGAUAAAGAAAAGGAACCUGAAAAGGAAAAGGAAAAAGAGAAGGAGAGGUCGCCGUCUAAGUCGUCAAAGAGGGAACGCUCAAAGUCGCGCGAACGUAAGAGGGAUCGCUCCAGGUCGCGGCGCCGGUCUCGAUCGCGCUCACGGAGAAAGCGCUCUCGUUCGCGAAGAAAAUCACGAUCCAGGGAACGGAAGAAGUCCCGUUCGAGAGACAGAAAGAGGUCUAGAUCGAGGAAACGCUCAAGAUCUAGAGACCGCAAAAGAUCUAGGUCUAGAGAUAGGAAACGCACUAGGGACAGAUCAAGAGGCAGGUCUAGAGAUCGUUCGAGGGACAGAUCAAGAGGCAGGUCUAGAGAUCGUUCGAGGGGCAGAUCCAGAGGCAAGUCUAGAGAUCGUUCGAGGGGCAGAUCCAGAGACAAGUCUAGAGAUCGUUCGAGGGGCAGAUCCAGAAACAAGUCUAGAGAUCGUUCGAGGGGCAGAUCCAGAGGCAGGUCUAGAGAUCGUUCGAGGGGCAGAUCCAGAGGCAAGUCUAGAGAUCGUUCGAGGGGCAGAUCCAGAGGCAAGUCUGGAGAUCGUUCGAGGGGCAGAUCCAGAAACAAGUCUAGAGAUCGUUCGAGGGGCAAAUCCAGAGGCAAGUCUAGAGAUCGUUCGAGGGGCAGAUCCAGAGGCAAGUCUAGAGAUCGUUCGAGGGGCAGAUCCAGAGGCAGGUCUAGAGAUCGUUCGAGGGACAAAUCAAGAGGCAGGUCUAGAGAUCGUUCGAGGGGCAGAUCCAGAGGCAAGUCUAGAGAUCGUUCGAGGGGCAGAUCCAGAGGCAAGUCUGGAGAUCGUUCGAGGGGCAGAUCCAGAGGCAAGUCUAGAGAUCGUUCGAGGGGCAGAUCCAGAGGCAAGUCUAGAGAUCGUUCGAGGGGCAGAUCCAGAGGCAAGUCUGGAGAUCGUUCGAGGGGCAGAUCCAGAGGCAAGUCUGGAGAUCGUUCGAGGGGCAGAUCCAGAGGCAAGUCUGGAGAUCGUUCGAGGGGCAAAUCCAGAGGCAAGUCUAGAGAUCGUUCGAGGGGCAGAUCCAGAGGCAGGUCUAGAGAUCGUUCGAGGGGCAAAUCCAGAAGCAAGUUAAGAGAUUCUUCGAGAAACAGUUAAGAAGAAAGUUUAGGCGUGAUACUGAGCAUAUAUCUACACCGCAAAACACAGUACCGUAGCUACAGUUCAAUCCCGAUAGCUCAGUGUCACAGACAAACCACACAAUGCCUUCAUUGAAUAGCAUGUAUAAAUACAAUAUGAAAAUUUAAAACGGUAAAUUUUGGACUACUAAUCAUUAUUAAUUAACUAGGUAUAUAAUAUCGCCCUCGAGUUUGCAUUUUUUGACCUAAUUAGCCAUAUUUAUCAUAAAGCAAAUCUUUUUAAGCCGUGCAAGUGUGUGUGUGUGUGUGUGUGUGUCUCUACAAAUGCAUUUUUUGACGUAAGUAAAAACAAUCCAACAGCUGAGAAAAAUGUUAAUAUUCGCAUAAAGGCCAACGACGUGUAACUGCUGAUAAGAGCUUGUAAUCCAUACUUACACAAUGACAAAUAGCGUUAUUUAUUUCGACGUAAUUGAAAUUCAAGUAAGAAGAAAUGCCUUGUAUAGCGUUAAAACAAUUUAUCUUUUUAUUGUUUCAUUCUAAAAUAUAUUCCAGGGAAAUGUGACGAUUGCCGCGUAUAUACAUUUUUUUAUUCCGGGCAGACUGAAAAUCCAGUCAACAAUUCACUUGAUUAGUGUGGACAGACUUGCAGAGAUUAUCUCUGAAGCAUUUUACGCAGAAGAUAUAUUUGAAUCGACAAGAAGAUGGCUUCAACAAGGUGAAUCGCCUUAUCCUGGAUAUUGCAGAGCCCCAGGAAGUGGCCAGUGCGUGCCAUUAUUAUGUAAUUGUGAGAAGUUAAUACAAAUAUGGAAUAAAGUUAAAUUUACACAGGAGAUGCUGAGGAAUAGAAACGUGAAAACGUAAUGUUAUUUUAAAAUGUGUGGUAUAUUUUUUUAAUGCGGAAUAAGUUAUAUUCUCUUUUUGCAAUCUAUUGAUAAAAUUACAUGCUAAGGAAUUUUAAUUAAAUAUCACUAAUAAUUAUUUUAAAAAGCGUGUGGUAUGUAAUAAAUAGAUAAUUAUUACAAAUAAAAACAA